CCGGCGGUGCGCGCGCGCGCGCGGAGGCGCUGUUCCGCUGCCAGGCGCCUCUCCGCCCUCCGCAGCGCUCCGGACCCAAGAUGGCCGCCGUGUCAGUUUGGGUCUUCGCCGCCGUCCGGCCUCAGGCGCCUGGGCUCCGCCUCCCGUAGGCCCCGGCGGAAAGUUCUGCGUACUUGUGUAUUGAGCUUUUCUCAUCUGCAUGAUAUAAGUAUUUGCCAGCUGUGCGGGGUUUAUUGGAAAACAUGAACCAGUCCCUAUCAGGAUAUGAGUCUUUUUUAAAACAAGGAAAUGCUCAUGUUUGAAAAACGGAGAGCAAUCUUGGGCAAAAAAUGUGUAUGCUGUGGUUAGCUGGUCCCCAUCCUCGGAUCAUCUGUUUUCCCAUUUUGUGAAACUCCUUCAGCAUAGGGGUAAGGGAUAACGACUCUAUGGAUAUACAGAAUUCUUCACCAUGGUAAAACUCGCUAACCCGUUGUACACUGAGUGGAUUUUGGAGGCAAUUAAAAAGGUUAAGAAGCAAAAACAACGUCCUUCGGAAGAGAGGAUAUGCAAUGCUGUGUCUUCUUCCCAUGGUUUGGACCGCAAAACUGUUCUGGAGCAAUUGGAACUGAGUGUCAAAGAUGGAACCAUCUUAAAAGUUUCCAACAAGGGACUUAAUUCCUAUAAGGAUCCCGAUAACCCUGGGCGAAUAGCACUUCCUAAACCACGAAACCAUGGAAAGUUGGAUGGCAAACCAAAUGUGGACUGGAAUAAACUGAUUAAACGGGCAAUUGAGGGCUUAGCAGAGUCCAGUGGCUCAUCCUUGAAGAACAUUGAGCGCUUCUUGAAAGGGCAGAAGGAUGUGUCAGCUUUGUUUGCAAGCAGUGCCCCUUCUACCUUUCACCAGCAACUGCGAUUGGCUGUCAAGCGGGCCGUUGGCCAUGGCAGACUCCUUAAAGAUGGACCUCUGUACCAGCUCAAUACUAAAGCAGCCACGAAUGCAGAUGGGAAAGAGAGCUGUGAGUCUCUUUCUUGUCUUCCUCCAGUUUCGCUGCUUCCACAUGAAAAGGAUAAGCCAGUUGCUGAACCAAUACCAAUCUGCAGUUUCUGUCUUGGUACAAAAGAACAAAACCGAGAGAAGAAACCUGAGGAGCUCAUCUCUUGUGCUGACUGUGGCAAUAGUGGUCAUCCAUCCUGCUUGAAAUUCUCCCCAGAGUUAACAGUUCGGGUGAAGGCCUUACGGUGGCAGUGCAUUGAGUGCAAAACGUGCAGUUCCUGUCGAGAUCAGGGGAAGAAUGCUGAUAACAUGCUAUUUUGUGAUUCAUGUGAUCGAGGCUUUCACAUGGAGUGUUGUGACCCCCCUCUGACCAGGAUGCCAAAAGGCAUGUGGAUAUGUCAGAUAUGUCGGCCACGUAAAAAAGGAAGAAAACUUCUACAUAAGAAGGCAGCACAGAUUAAGCGGCGCUAUGCUAACCCAAUAGGACGUCCCAAAAACCGAUUAAAGAACCAAAAUGCAACAUCAAAAGCCCCCUUCAGCAAAGUUCAAACGGGACCUGGUCGAGGUCGAAAGCGCAAGACACCGCUCUCCAACCAGUCAACUUGCUCGUCAGAAGGUGGUUAUCUGGAGCGUGUCGAUGGCUUGGAAUUCUGCAGAGAUGCCGGCGCCACCUUGAAAUUCAACAAGAAAACCAAAGGGCUCAUUGAUGGCCUUACCAAAUUCUUCACCCCCUCCCCUGAUGGGCGUAAAGCUAGAGGAGAAGUGGUGGACUACUCUCAGCAAUAUAGGAUCAGGAGAAAGAACGAUAGGAAAUCAAGCACUUCAGACUGGCCCACAGACAAUCAAGAUGGCUGGGAUGGAAAACAGGAAAACGAGGAAUGGCUUCUUGGAGGCCUAGAUAUAAUGACUGAGAAAGAUAUGGAAUUGUUCCGAGACAUUCAGGAGCAAGCACUAGAGAAAGUGGGAGUGACAGGAGCCCCAGACCCACAAGUCCGCUGUCCGUCAGUCAUUGAGUUUGGGAAAUAUGAAAUCCACACCUGGUACUCCUCUCCAUAUCCACAAGAGUAUUCCAGGCUGCCUAAACUGUACAUUUGUGAAUUCUGUCUCAAGUACAUGAAAAGCAGAACUAUCCUUCAGCAGCACAUGAAGAAAUGUGGUUGGUUCCACCCCCCAGCAAAUGAAAUUUACAGGAAGAGCAAUGUUUCCGUUUUUGAGGUGGAUGGCAACGUCAGUACCAUUUACUGCCAGAACUUGUGCCUCUUGGCAAAACUCUUCCUGGACCACAAGACUCUCUAUUACGAUGUGGAGCCAUUUCUUUUCUAUGUGCUGACCCAAAACGACAUGAAGGGCUGCCACCUGGUUGGCUACUUCUCCAAGGAGAAGCACUGCCAGCAGAAAUACAACGUUUCCUGCAUAAUGAUCCUUCCCCAGUACCAACGAAAGGGCUAUGGCAGGUUCCUCAUUGAUUUCAGUUAUCUCUUAUCGAAACGAGAAGGCCAGGCAGGAUCCCCAGAGAAGCCAUUGUCUGAUUUGGGCCGUCUCUCCUACAUGGCAUACUGGAAAAGUGUAAUCUUGGAGUGCCUUUAUCACCAAAACGACAAGCAAAUCAGCAUCAAGAAGCUAAGCAAACUGACAGGCAUCUGCCCUCAAGACAUCACUUCCACGCUUCACCACCUGCGCAUGCUUGAUUUCCGCGAUGAUCAAUUUGUGAUUGUUCGUCGGGAGAAACUUAUCCAGGAGCACAUGGCAAAGCUUAAGGUGACUCUCCGGCCUGUAGUUGUGGAUCCAGAAUGUCUACGCUGGACUCCUGUCAUUGUCUCAAACUCUGUGGUUUCUGAGGAUGAAGAGGAAGAACCUGAAGAAGGGGAAAAUGAAGAGCAGCCACUGCCAAGAGAGAGAGACAUUGAGGUGAUAAAAUCCGUAUCCUGGGAGAAGAAAGAGCGAGAACCUUAUUUUCCUCUGGAGAAUGAAAAAAAGCCCGAUGUCAUCACCCCAGCCAAUUCUGCGCGGCCAAACAAGCAAAGUCUUCCCCUGGCUGGCCUUCCUGCAAACAGCCAGACGUUGCGAAGGGGCCGGUGGAGCCGGAAGGGCAAGAAGCUGCGGGAAUCCUUCACCAAGAAGGAAUCGACGUUGCAUCUAGAGGAGAAGGCGGCCAUGACCAGAGGGGGUCGGUGUGGGGAGUGCGAGGAGAAAGCAGCUGCCGCUGCAGCCGCUGCCGCCGCCGCUGCCUCCCGGGGGAGGUUUGGGGAGAGUGAAGACAAAACCACCUCCUCCCAAGGACAGUGUGGCAAAUGUGACGAGAAGUCGCCCCCACCCCGGGGGCACUUUGGGAAAGACGAGAAACCCACCAUUCCUCCCGGGCAGUAUGCCAAAGGCGAGAAGCCCUCGGCGACUCAGAGGCGGUUCAGCGAAGGCAUGGAGGUGUGGAGAGGGCAGCUGAAGCCCCCCGAGCCCCUGAAGAACAGGAUCUCCGAGGAAUGCGACAGGAUUCCCCGUCGCCACAGCGAAGGCGACAGGCCCCUGCUGAGGUGCUUCAGCGAGAGCAGCGAUGACGAAGACGAGGAGCCCACCAGCCCCUGCUCCAGUUCUCCACCCGUUCUCACCAAGCCCACGCUGAAGCGGAAGAAGCCUGUUCCCCGAAAGAGGCGGGUCCGUAAGCGGAAGUAUCACAACAGCAGCGUUGUGACUGAAACCAUCUCUGAAACAACUGAGGUCCUGGACGAGCCUUUUGAGGACUCUGACUCGGAGAGGCCCAUGCCUCAGCUGGAACCCACCUUUGAAAUGGAGGAUGAGGACGACGAGGAAGAGGAAAGCAAGCUGUUUCCGAGAGGAUAUCUUCGCCACCUCUCUCCACAGGCCCCCCUCAGGCACAGGUCUUCCUCCAAGAGGGGGUCUCAGCAGGAUGGAGAGGAGUCGGAUGAUGCCACUGGGUCUCCUACCUUGAAACCAGUCUCUGUGAUGAGAAAAUGUGAAGCGAAGGAUUCUCCGCUCCAGCCAGACACUUCCAACCCGAUGAAGAAGAAGAAGGGCUGGCCCAAGGGCAAAAGCCGCAAGCCCAUCCACUGGAAGAAGAGGCCUGGCCGCAAGCCGGGCUUCAAACUGAAGCGGGGGAAGUUCCUGGCACCUGCUCCGGAAGAGGUGGUGGCUGAGCCUGUGGAAGCCCCCUCGAAGCCAGUGCGCAGGCCCAAAGGGCAGGAGAAGGAAGAGCCUGUGGAGCAGAAGGAGGAGCUGCCUGUUGCAGAGGAAAGGAGAGAAGACGAGAGGCCGAUGGACAUUGGGGAGCUGGGAGAGGAGGAGGAGGAGGAGGAAGAGGAGGAGGAUACCCCUGCCAGUGAAACGAGAGUGCCGUCUCCUGCAGAUCGGAGCAGCAGUCCUGUAGCGGAAGUGAAAGAACCUGAGAUGGAGGAAGAAGCAGAGAAGCCGCAGGUCCUAGAAGAGCAGAGGCAGUCCGAAGAAGAGCAGCAGGAGAUGGAGGAACCGGAACAUGACCAGGAGGAGGAGGAAGAGGAGGAAGCCGCAGCCACCGCUGCUGCCGCCGCAGCAGCAACCCAGAACGAAGACCACGAUGCUGACGACGAAGAAGACGGCCACAUGGAGUCUGCCAAGAAGGACGAACUGGAAGGGCAGGCAGCAAAGGAGGGGCUGAAGGAAGAACCAGAUGUCCAGGAGCCUUUUUUAGAAACAAGCACACAGGGUGGUAGAGAAGACGACGUCAAGAACAAAAGUGAGGCAGAGGUGGAUUCUGAGGAAGAGCAGGCAUCCCAUGAGACGUCGGUGGCCUCGGAUCCCGUCCCUGGUUCCGAAGAUGACCAAGAGGAGGAGCAGCAGCAUGCCAAGGAAGGACUCAUUGAGCUGAAGGAGGAGGAGGCGAUCCCUCACAGCGAGCUGGAUCUUGAAACCGUCCAAGCCGUGCAGUCCUUGACGCAGGAGGAAGAGAACAACGAGCACGACGUGGCCUACCAGGACUGCGAGGAGACCCUGGCGGCUUGCCAGAACCUGCAGAGCUAUACUCAAGCCGAGGAAGAUCCCCAGAUGUCCAUGGUUGAAGACUGCCAGGCCUCGGAGCACAACAGCCCCAUCUCCUCGGUCCAGUCCCACCCCAGCCAGUCGGUGCGCUCGGUCAGCAGCCCCAGCGUGCCCAGCGCUCUGGAGAACAGCUACACCCAGAUCAGCCCAGAGCAAGGCGCUCUUUCCGCCCCUUCUAUGCAGAACAUGGAGACCAGCCCCAUGAUGGAUGUGCCUUCCGUCUCGGACCACUCCCAGCAGGUGGUGGACAGCGGCUUCAGCGACCUUGGCAGCAUCGAGAGCACUACGGAGAACUACGAGAACCCCAGCAGCUACGACUCCACCAUGGGGGGCAGCAUCUGCGGCAACAACUCCUCCUCCCAGAGCAGCUGCUCCUAUGGGGGCCUGUCGUCCUCUAGUAGCCUCACCCAGAACAGCUGCGUUGUCACCCAGCAGAUCGCCAGCAUGGGCAGCAGCUGCAGCAUGAUGCCCCAGGGGAGUGUCCCGCCUGCCACCAACUGCAGCAUCAAAUCCCCCCAGAGCUGUGUGGUCGAAAGGCCUCCAAGCAACCAGCAGCCGGCAGCACAGCCCCCCCAACCACAAGCCCAGGCCCAGCAGCCCCCGCCUCCUGCUCAGCAGCAGCAGCAGCAACAGCAGCAGCAGCAACAACAGCAACAGCAGCAACAACAGCAGCAGCAGCCUCCCUUGUCUCAGUGCAGCAUGAACAACAGUUUCACGCCGGCCCCGAUGAUCAUGGAGAUCCCGGAAUCCGGGAGCACUGGCAACAUCCUCUACGAGAGGAUUUCUGGGGAUUUUGGGGCCGGCAGCUACUCCCAGCCCUCGGCCACCUUCAGCCUGGCCAAGCUGCAGCAGCUGACCAACACCAUAAUGGACCCCCACGCCAUGCCUUACAGCCAUUCCCCUGCGGUGACGUCCUAUGCAACCAGCGUGUCUUUGUCCAACACCGGCCUGGCGCAGCUGGCCCCGUCUCACCCGCUGGCUGGGGCGCCCCAAGCACAAGCCACCAUGACCCCUCCACCGAACCUGGCGCCCACCACCAUGAACCUUGCCCCGCCCCUCCUCCAGUGCAACAUGCCCACCACUAACAUCGGCAUCCCCCACACUCAGCGACUGCAGGGGCAGAUGCCGGUCAAGGGGCACAUUUCCAUCCGCUCCAAGUCGGCACCCCUGCCCUCAGCGGCGGCGGCCCACCAGCAGCAGUUGUAUGGCCGCAGCCCUCCGGCGGUGGCCAUGCAGGCGGGGCCCCGCGCACUUGCUGUCCAGCGCGGCAUGAACAUGGGAGUGAACCUGAUGCCGACCGCCCCGUACAACGUCAACUCUAUGAAUAUGAACACCCUGAACGCGAUGAACAGCUACCGGAUGACCCAGCCCAUGAUGAACAGCAGCUACCACAGCAACCCUGCCUACAUGAACCAGACAGCCCAGUAUCCUAUGCAGAUGCAAAUGGGAAUGAUGGGCAGCCAGGCCUAUCCCCAGCAGCCUAUGCAGCCAAACCCUCACGGGAACAUGAUGUACACUGGCCCCUCCCAUCACAGUUACAUGAACGCUGCCGGGGUGCCCAAGCAGUCCCUCAACGGACCCUACAUGAGAAGAUGAGCAGAGGAGGUUGGCAUCUCCACAGACAAGACUGAAAUCUCUCUAUAAAUAAAGGAACCUUUUAUACUGACAAACCAGAGACGAUGGACCUUUUUCCAGUUAAAUCUUGCUGUAGAUCUUAGAUGGGGUUUUGUUCCCUUUUGGUUUUAUUUUAAUUUUGAUUUGUAGGGGGCCUGAUCUUUUAUUAUUUUCACGUUUGGUGGGGUUCUUUUGUCUGUUGGGUCUUUGUUUCCCUUCACAAUCCUGAAAACCCGUCACUGUUCCAGUCCAUUUUUUAAAAAUGGGGGCUUGGGUUUCUCCCCUCCCCUCAUCCCAGGGAGGGGGCUGGAAACGUACACACAGAGUUUUCCAUACCUUCAAACAAAGAGCCUUACUUUGCCGACCAUCCGAGCAGAGUGCGUGUAAACCGGUCAUUUCCCCUUGCUUUCAGACAACAUUCUCUCCCCUUUCUCUCCCCUUGUGCACAGCUCCCGAGGUGGCCCUGCCUCUGUAGGUCAGAUUCUUCCCCCUCUCUUCUGUCUCCCACGUCACUCCCGAUAGGAGGCUCUUGUGGCAAAAGCGGAUGGGCCCCAAGCAGCCUUUACCAUUCCCACAGAAAGAAAAACUCCAAACGGUUUAUUCUUCCCUCACUUUCUCUCUUUGUGUGGAUGAACUGCAUUACGGUUUCAAAUGCAACUUCUGGAAGUGUGCCCAUCUCUUACACACCAGACCAGAGCCAGAAAGCAGGGAGUCUAGCCUUUGCAUGCAGCUGUGCUUGCAGGACCACGAUUCCAGAGGCUCUUGCUCAAAGCUUUCUUCUGGGAAGCGGCAAGAUGCGCUUAAAAAGCUGCCAAGAAGCUUUCCUCUUCUUCCUUGCUGGCUGUUGCUAGUGUGUCGGAGAAUGUGCUGGGCAGCCACAUAUCCCCCGCCCUGCAACCUACAUCAUGGUGCUUCAGCAUCUGGCAAGGUUUGCUUGCUGGGAUUUCCUCCCCUGUGUGCCGAGGGAGGCAGUCAGAGCGGACAGGGUCUGCCCAGUGCAGCUCAUCCAUCCUGCCAUAACAUAAGAGACGCCAGGCUUGUCAGCUCAUUGCAAGGAGGGGCAAAACGUAGCUGAUCCUUCUAAUGUAAAGUUCUCUCUGUAUAUUCUCGUAGAGCUACAGAUGCACUUAGAUUGACUUAGAUGUGUAAAGAAUUUUUUUUCCUUCCUCAAAGAAACCUGUAAGGCAGUUUGGGGGGGGGAGGGAGGGAGGGUUCAACUGCACUGAAAUGGACUUCCUCUAUACUGUUGAGCCUUAAAAAAUAAUAAUAAAAAAGGCAGAAUCCCAGGGGCUUCCAGCCCUCGGUGUCCCGUCCCCCCCGCCCGCCCUUAGUUCUUGAGCAUGUGUACAAGGCUGUGUAGGACCCAUGUCCCUGUAUAUAUCUAUGGAUCCAGGCUCACCUUAUCCAUGUCGAAAGGCGACCUUUGCUUCCCUCUUCUCCCUGAAUCCUCUGCCUUGGCAGGUGGGUAGGUGUGGGGGCGGGCUGCUCUGUUGGGCUGUUGAAGGCAAAGCUGUUGGAACGAGGGCCGUGAAUUGGUUUCGGUUUUGUUUCUGUCUGCUGUUACCUUUUUCAGUUUGGGGUUUUUUGUAUGGUUUUUUAAAAUCAGUCGGGCAGCUCCCUUUUUUCCACAAAACCUUUGUGACUGUAGGACUAUUGUAGAGAACCGAUGUUCUUUUCUAUAUUAUUAAAAAAAAAAAAUCCGACACAGUUAAUAUUGGUACCUGUCAUCCCCCCCCCCACUUCUGUUUAAGAAAAAAAUAAUAAUGUAUUUUUAGCAAAAUAAACUUGGGUAAUCUUCUAAAAGAAAUUAAAAAAAAAACACUCACUGUUAGUGACUUUGAUGCCUUUUAAAAAAAAGAGCUUUUUCAUUUCAUUCCAUCUUUAAAAUUUUUUAUCUUUGUUGUAGAAUAUUAAAGACUAUUUUAAGAAAGAUGAAAAUUCUCUUUAAAGAGAUCUCUAGAGUGUGUGACUAGAGCUCCAGAUGCCUCUAAAGCCGCAUGUACAAUAUGAAGCAGCGUCUAUUCCUGUCUGUUUAUAUUUGCUUUUCCUGUUUUGUAACUUCUUUGUACUUUGUUCUUGGUGACUUGUAAGCUUAAAAAGGGGAAGGGGUGCCUGGAUGAUUAAAAAAAAAGACAAACCCUUUGUAAUUCAUGUCAUGCGCUCCUGGGCCGGCCGGCCUCCCCUCCUCUCCUUGUAUGUAAUAUCACUUUUUCCCUCCCCCCUUUCUAGCAAGUACUUUCAAAAGAACUCUGUACAUUUUAACAUAAAAAAAAAUAAAUUAUGUUGAGCCAUUUUGGA